UAACCUCAAAGCGGACACCGAAGACAGCAUUAAAGUUUAUUCGAGAAACGGGGACGUCAUAGUGCGAGACUGUGUCGAAGUAGCAAAUAUUAGAAAGUGCGUGGUGCAGAAGGAAUAUAGUACGUCAUGUACCUGGAGGUGUUGUGGCUCGUUGUACAUUUUACGGCAUCUCUGAGAGUUAAUGCAAUAGCAGUUCACGGGGAAGGACCAUGUAGUUCACCACCGGCACGAGGGGACUGUGAGGAGGACCACGUGAGAUAUUACUUCAAUCCGUACGACGGAGACUGCCAGGAGUUCGUUUACAGCGGCUGCGCCGGAAACGAGAAUAACUACCGUAACCUGCGAGAAUGCAUGGACUCCUGUUUGCCAACUUAUAAAGAAAACUACAUUCCCCGUUUUUGUUACCUACCGAAGGGAAGAGGACUGUGCAACGAGUCACUGCUACGAUACUUUUAUAAUCCCGACAGCGGCCGUUGCGAAGCAUUCAUGUAUUCAGGUUGCAUGGGCAAUGCCAACAAUUUCCACAGCGUGGGGGACUGCAAAUUAUUCUGCAGACUUUCGGGACAAGCAACACUUUCCAGGAAGCCUCCCAUGUGCUACUUGCCACCCGAAAGAGGGAGUUGCGGAGGCUUUCUACCGAGGUUCUAUUACGAUGAGUACAACGCAGAGUGCAGGAAGUUCCAAUACAGCGGAUGUCUGGGAAACGAUAACAAUUUUGCGACAGAAAUAGAGUGCGAGAAAACAUGUGGUUAAGUCGCUCCUCAUGUCUCGUUUUAUGCCAAUUUCGGAUUUAUAAAUACUGACUACGGAACAGACGCAGCAAAAAGUAACUUUAUCGCGCGGCGCCAGUGCAUUUAUGCAGAAGACAAAGGACUUUCUAGUAGUAACGGAUGUACAGCAUUAUGACCAUUAAUGGAGUGUUCCUAACAACAGUUUAGUGUGUAUGCUUUGUAACGGGAUAAAAUUAAUGGUAUAAAAUAGUAUGUUUAUAUUA